AAAUGCGGGUAUAGAUCUGCUUAUAUAUGGUCGGUGGGUGUACAUAACAGCGCAACAUAGAUUUUAGAAGGUGGACUGGCCUGUGAAGUUGAUGAUGUUGCGCGUUCUGUGGCUGUUCGCCGCCUUUGACGCGGCGCUGCUGCUGGACACAGGCAUGCUGUUUCCACGGGAGUCUUCCUCCAGAGAGGUGAAGGCGCUGAACGGGCUGUGGGCAUUCCGUGCUGACAGAUCCCCCAACAGGAACCAGGGCUUCGAGAGGGCUUGGUACAAAAGCAGCCUGGCAGAGACUGGCCCUGUGAUUGACAUGCCGGUUCCUGCCAGCUACAAUGACAUCACCCAGGAUCCCACUCUGAGAGAUUUUAUUGGCUGGGUGUGGUACGAGCGAGAGGUAACUGUGCCUGCCCGCUGGAUCACUGAUGGCCUGCGAGUGGUCCUCAGAGUGGGAAGUGCUCACUAUUACUCAGUAGUGUGGGUGAAUGGCGUGAAGGUGACUGAACACGAAGGCGGCCAUCUGCCUUUUGAGGCAGAAAUAGGCACCUUACUACGUGAAGACCCAACUAUGCCCUGCAGGAUCACCAUCGCCGUGAACAACACUCUGACUCUGCAGACUCUCCCUCCCGGCACCAUCCAGUACAUGAAUGACCGUACAAGGUAUCCCGAUGGGUUCUUUGUUCAGAACAUCAAUUUUGAUUUCUUCAACUACGCUGGGAUACACCGCCCUGUUCUGUUAUAUACCACUCCUAAAGCCUACGUGGAUGACAUCACUGUGGUUACUGAUUUCUUGGAUAACACGGGGUUGGUUAGGUACAACGUGUCAGUCCAAGGAGCUUCCUCGGCCACUGUGAAGGUGACUUUAAUGGACAAAGGGGGUCACUGCGUUGCUUCCUCCACUGAGCCUUCUGGAGUGCUCAAAGUGGUAGAUGUUAGCCUGUGGUGGCCUUACUUGAUGCACGAGAGUCCAGGUUAUCUUUACUCCUUGGAGGUCCGCCUUAUGGCUGCUGAUGGGAGCUCAACGUAUGAGGAUGUUUAUGCUCUACCAGUUGGCAUCCGCACCAUUAACGUCACGAGCACCCAGUUCCUCAUCAACAACAAGCCGUUCUAUUUCCAUGGUGUCAAUAAGCAUGAAGAUGCUGACAUCCGAGGUAAAGGCUUGGACUGGCCCUUAGUGGUCAAGGACUUUAACUUGAUAAAGUGGUUGGGGGCCAACUCGUUCCGGACAAGCCACUACCCGUAUGCCGAGGAGAUUCUGCAGAUGUGUGACCGCCAUGGCAUCGUGGUGAUAGAUGAGAGCCCCGGGGUGGGCAUUAAAGACAUUCGCAGUUUUGGAAACGCCUCUCUGACCCACCACCUAGCUGUCAUGGACGAGCUUGUACGGCGGGACAAGAACCAUCCAUCCGUGGUCAUGUGGUCCGUAGCCAACGAGCCCGCUGCAGAGAUGAACCCCGCUGAAUAUUAUUUCAAGACGGUGAUAACGCACACCAAAGCUUUGGACCCUACCCGACCUGUAACCUACGUCACAUGCAGUAACUAUGCACGGGACAAAGGAGCUCCCUUUGUGGAUGUCAUCUGUAUAAACAGCUACUUCUCCUGGUACCAUGAUCAAGGCCACCUGGAGGUCAUUCCUCUCCAGCUCAACACACAAUUUGAGGACUGGUAUGGAAAAUACAAGAAGCCCAUCAUCCAGAGCGAGUAUGGAGCUGAUGCGGUGGCAGGGCUUCAUAAUGAUCCACCUGUGAUGUUUACUGAGGAGUAUCAGAAAGAGGUCCUGCAGAAUUACCACAGUGUGUUCGACCAGAAAAGGAAGAAGUACGUCAUUGGCGAGCUCAUCUGGAACUUUGCUGACUUCAUGACUACACAAGGGAUCCUGCGUGUGGUGGGGAACAAGAAGGGUAUUUUUACUCGGCAGAGGCAACCAAAGGCAGCAGCAUUCAUCCUCAAGGAGAGAUACUGGAGAUUGGCAAAUGAAACCGGGACCCUCCCUCUCUGGACCAAGUACCCCUGCCCACUGUGACUGACUAACACAAGCGUUUAAGUCCCCAGGCCAGCUUUGGUUACAGGGAAGCACACGUGUUCUGAUUUUUCUGUUUACUGUUCAACCAAACUGAAUUUCACUGCAUUGUGUGACAACUAGGAUGACAUUUCAAUGUAUCUUCUUGACUUGGAACCUGUCUGUAUGAUUAGACUGGAUUGAUUUUCUAAAGUGCCUUGAGAUGACAUGUGUUGGGAAUUGCGCUACAUGAAUAAACUGAGUGAAGUUGUUGAUUACAUUCAAAACUUACACUCAUGGCAUCAGGGUGA